AUGAAGCUCCAAAGCGCAACAGCAGUCUCUCUCGCUGCUCUAGGAGCAGCUUUCCCAUCCAUGCUGGGCUCAAAAGAGCAGCUCGAAGAACUUCUCAAGCGUGACCCUGAACCCGUGGCAAAACCAGAACCUCAACUCCUAGGCAAUAUCAUCAGUUCUCUUACAAACACCGUCACCGGUCUCCUUGGAGCGAUCGCUCAGAAUGUUAGCCCAGAGAAUGCCCGUCCGGAGAAGGGCUUCGAGUUUCGGGCUCCUGGCCCUAACGACAGCAGAGGUCCUUGCCCGGGGUUGAAUCUGCUCGCCAACCAUGGCUAUCUUCCCCGCAACGGCCAUGUCACCCUCGGCCAAGUCAUUGAGGCGACUGCGCGUGGUUUCAACAUGGGACCUGAUUUAUCCACCAUUCUUGGUGUAUUUGCUGUUCUCACUGACGGAGACAUCGCCACAGAAUCUUUCUAUCUGGGGGCUGGCCCGGGUAAAGUUGGUGGUUUGAACCGACACUCCACCGUUGAGGUCGAUAUUUCUGUCAAUCGAGAAGACUUUUACAACGGGUGUGGUGAUAACCACCACCUUUCGUCCCGUAUGUUUAAGCAAAACGUCAACAUAGUCGCCAGCAGCGCAAGCAAGCAGUUCGACCUCACAAAUAUGGGUACUCAGUAUCAAAAGAACUCCAUGUUCUCUCAAAAGUACAAUCCAUACAUUUACUACUUCCCUUUCCCUCUUAUUGUUUCAAUCGGUGCCUUCGCGUUUUACCCCCAGUUCAUGAGCAACGGUACCUAUGGAGCUGGAGGAGUUGCCAACUACGAGUCCAUCUCUUCCAUCAUCGGCGCCAAGUAUGACAGCAAGACCGGAGAGUUCCAGUACGUUCCGGAGACCUGGCCCAAGAACUGGUAUCGCCGCGCGACCCCCUACGGCACCGUGCAGACGGUUUUAGAGGGUCUUCUUGACAUCUACCUCCGCAACCCUGUGGUCCCGGGUGUUGCUCAACUCGGAACCGGAAAUCUCAAUGCCACAACUCUCCUAUGCGACCUGUACCAGGGCUUGAACUCUGUCGUUCCUCUUUUCGUCGCGGGCACUACGGAAGAGGUGGCGGCUGCAACUACAUGGGCAGCCUCGAAGCUCGAUCCAUACUUUAGCAACACUGUUCUCGGAUGCCCGACCAGCGUUCUUUCUCCCAACCCACCUUCGCUGCUGUUCCCUAAUCCUCGUAACGAGGGAGGCCCGCUCAACCCCCCGCCGAGUGUUGCGAAGAACAUUGGCGAUAACGUGUACUACAAGACGUAUUUCACCACCGCACCUACAUCACCCGCAUGUUAG